UCGCCGGAAGGGGUUGGCGCGGCGGGACCGCUCCUGGGAGGAGAAGCGGACGGGCGGCGUGUGCAGGGAUUUACAGUUGAAAGAUGGCAAAUAAUUGUGGUGCCUCCGAUCCAUGGCAAGAGUGUAUGGAAGUGGCAGUUGCUGUUGCGCGGAAAGCUGGUGCAGUUAUUUGCGAAGCUUUGAAAAAUGAACAAACUGUUCAGAUUAAAAGUUCUCCUGCAGACUUGGUGACUGAGACUGAUCAAAAUGUAGAGAAAAUGAUUCUAGGUACUCUAAAGGAAAAAUUUCCUUCACACAGCUUUAUUGGUGAAGAGUCAGUUGCAGAUGGAGCAGCAAGUAUACUUACAGACAAUCCCACGUGGAUAAUUGAUCCAAUUGAUGGGACCACUAAUUUUGUCCACAGGUUUCCUUUUGUAGCAGUUUCUAUUGGAUUUUAUGUGAAUAAACAGAAUGAAAUUGGUGUUGUAUAUAGCUGUGUGGAGGACAAGAUGUACACAGCUCGAAGAGGGCAGGGGGCAUUUUGCAAUGGACACCAGUUGAGUGUUUCUGGACAGGAAAAUAUAAGCAAAGCUCUUAUUGUAACUGAGCUUGGAUCUAAUCGCACACUGGAAAUUGUGAAGACAGUACUUUCAAAUAUGGAAAAACUAAUUUCUAUUCCAAGCCAUGGAAUUCGAGCUUUAGGAUCUGCAGCUUUAAACAUGUGUAUGGUGGCAUCUGGUGGUGCAGACGCCUACUAUGAAAUGGGUAUUCACUGCUGGGAUAUGGCAGCAGCUGCACUCAUUGUCACGGAGGCUGGAGGUGUUGUGCUGGAUAUAUCAGGAGGCGCAUUUGAUCUGAUGUCACGCAGAGUGAUUGCUGCAAGUAGCAAAGCAAUUGCAAAAAGAAUUGCGCAGGAAGUUCAAAUAAUCCCUUAUCAGAGGGAUGAUCAGUAGUAGUGAGAACGAAAUGUAUUUCUCAAGAGUUUAUUAUAUUUAAUCCAGUUUAAAUGAUUUUUGUAUUGUUUGCGUAUGUAUUAAGAAUAUAUCUGCACCCAAUAAGUGAAUGUGAUAAAUUGUUCAGGUUCAGUAUCUGAUGUGAAUUGUGCUUGUAGCACAGUUUCAUUAAAUAUUAUAAAUUUUAUCAAUAUUUUACCAUAAAAAUCCUGCUCCUGCUGAAGCUGAUGGAUUAGAGUAAUAUAAUUAAAAGUUGGGCCAUUACUACCAGUUGCUAUACAGGAAUUUUCUUUAACUGAAUGGUAUACAAAAAACUUAUUUCCACUCAUUAAAUGUAAAACAAAUUAAGUAUAUUAAUAUGAAAUGCAAUGUUAAAGCAAUAUGCACGUAUUCAUUAUGUAAUAAAAGGAGUUGAUGUAAGUUGAAAAUCGUAAUGCCAUGUACCUUUCACAUGGAAAGACUUGGUAUUUUUAUCAGAUGAUAUAUUUUUGAAAUCACGAAUUGAUUUUUUUUAAACUGAUUUCUCUUUAAUUCUAUCCACUCUUGCUUUCAGGACACCUUUGUUAUCCUAGCUCAUUGAGCUUGAGAUCUGAUUCCUAAAUUAAUCUUUUGCCUUUUUCAGCUUUACUUAAUUUUCUCACUGAACAAUUUUUAAGUAGUAUGCACUUUUCAGACUCGUUAGGCCCAAUAGAUUGAGCACAUUUAAUUAUUUAAAUUACAUGUUUAAAUAUGGUCUUAUGUUGCUUACAUGUGAAAGGGAUUGUUAAGGAUUGUAACAUUCUCAAAUUUUAAGAAUUGUUGGACUAAUGUUGUGAAUAUUCAUCUGUUGUAAAUUAUGGACAAUAGCACAUCAUGUACCAAGCCAGAUUAACAGAUGAUGCACAUAUUUUAGUGCUGGCUAUGUAUUCUUAGAAGAUAUGGACUAGAACUAAGAAUUGAGCAACCAAAAGCUAAUUCAAAUCAAAUAAACAAUUCCCACU